AAAAUGCGAGUAUCUGUCAUUCAGGAUUUCAGGGAAGGUGAAAAUGAGGAUGGGGAGGAAGAAGAAAAGGUCUUCCUCAAGCCUGUUAUUGAGGACAGAAAUAUGGAACUGGCCCGAAAAUGCAGUGAAAUUAUAAGUGAUAUACACUAUAAAGAAGAGUUUAAAAAAUCUAAAGGCAAGUGCAUAUUUGUACCUGACACCCCGCAGCUAAAACAUGUGAAAAGUCUUAAUGCUUUUAUUUCUGAGGUGAAGUAUAAAGGAGCUGCUAAGAAAGACCUUUCCAACUCUCUUUAUCAGCAGAUGCCAGCCACAAUUGACAGUGUAUUUGCAAAAGAAUUAACACAACUUCAGAGCAAGGUUCUCUAUAAACAAAAACAUUAUGCUGAGAAAGGAACUUCAGAUUAUGCACAUAUGAAGGAGCCUCCAGAUAUUAAGCAUGCUAUGGAAGUCAAUAAAUACCAGAGUGAUGUAUCGUAUAAGAAGGAUGUGCAAGAUACUCAUAGAUACACUGAAGUGCUGAAUAGGCCAGACAUAAAGAUAGCAACUGAGAUAACAAAGAUAAUAAGUGAUGCUGAGUACAAGAAAAGAAGGGGCGAGAUGAAUAAGGAGCCUGCUGUACUUGGAAGACCAGAUUUUGAACAUGCUAAAGGAGUUUCAAAACUGUUAAGCCAAGUGAAAUACAAAGAGCAGUUCAGUAAGGAAAUGAAGAGCCACCAGUACAAUCCUCUUGACAGUGCUUCCUUCAAGCAAACACAGAUUGCAUCCACCUUGGCAAGUGAUGUGAAUUACAAGAAAGAUUUGGAAAGCCUACAUGAUCCAGCCUCUGAUCUACCAAACCUGCUAUAUUUAAACCAUGCUUUAAAUAUCAGCAAAACACAUAGUGAUGUCAAGUACAAAGAAAAUUAUGAAAAAUCUAAAGGCAGGACAAUGCUGGAGUUUGUGGAUACACCAAUGUAUCAAGUUUCAAAGGAGGCUCAAAAGAUGCAAAGUGAGAAAAUGUAUCGCAAAGAUUUUGAAGAAGGGAUCAAGGGAAGACCCUCAAUGGAUUUAGACAAGACCCCAGAGUUCUUGCAUAUAAAACAAGUCACUAGCCUUCUGAAAGAGAAAGAAUAUUAAAAAGAUUUGGAAGAAGGGAUGAAAGGAAAAGGAAUGACAGUGUUUGAAGAUACACCAGAUUUGAUUAGAGUGAAAAACGCAGCUCAGAUACUAAAUGAGAAACAAUACAAGAAAGACCUGGAAACUGAAAUUAAAGGAAAGGGCAUGCAAGUUGGUCCAGAUACUCCUGAGAUAAGACGAGCCAAGAAAGCUUCUGAAAUUGCAAGCAUGAAAGAAUACAGGAAAGACUUGGAGAAUGAAAUUAAAGGAAAGGGAAUGGGAGUGGGCAUGGAUACACCCGACAUACAACGAGCCAAAAAAGCUUCUGAAAUUGUAAGCCAGAAAGAAUAUAAAAAGGAUCUGGAGACUGAAAUUAUAGGAAAAGGGAUGCAAGUUGGCCCAUAUACUCCUGAAAUACAACGGGUCAAAAGGGCUUCAGAAAUAGCAAGCCAGAAAAUGUACAAAGAUGAAGCAGAGAAGAUGCUCUGUAACUAUUCUGCUGUCCCAGACACUCCAGAGAUGGAGAGGAUAAAAAGUACUCAGAAAAACAUCAGUUCAGUGUUUUAUAAGAAGGAAGUAGGAGCUGGCACAGCUGUAAAAGAGACUCCAGAGAUUGAAAGAGUAAAGAAAAAUCAACAGAAUAUUAGUUCGAUUAAAUACAAGGAAGAAAUUCAACAUGCAACAACUAUUUCUGAUCCACCUGAACUAAGGAGAGUUAAGGAAAACCAGAAGAAUAUUAGCAAUGUUCAGUACAAAGAACAGCUCUGCAAAGCUACACCUGUGAGUGUCACCCCUGAGAUCGAAAGAGUCAAGAGGAAUCAAGAGAAUGUCAGCAUGGUUCACUACAGAGAGCAGCCUGGCAAAGCUACUGCUGUGAGUGUCACUCCUGAGAUAGAGAGAGUCAAGAAGAAUCAAGACAAUAUCAGCUCGGUCAAGUACAGCAGUGAUCAGAGGCAGAUGAAAGGUAGACGUAGUGUGCUUCUAGACACACCUGAGCUAAGGCAUGUCAAAGAAACACAAAACAACAUCUCAAUGGUAAAAUACCAUGAAGAUUUUGAGAAGACAAAGGGCAGAGGCUUCACCCCAGUGGUAGAUGAUCCUGUAACAGAGCGUGUGCGGAAAAACACCCAAAUUGUGAGUGAUGCAGCAUAUAAAGGUGUGCAUCCACAUAUCGUUGAAAUGGAUAGAAGACCUGGGAUAAUUGUUGAUCUUAAAGUUUGGCGCACAGAUCCUGGCUCCAUCUUCGACAUUGAUCCUCUGGAGGACAAUAUUCAGUCUAGGAGUCUGCAUAUGCUUUCUGAAAGAGCAAGCCGUUACAGUAAGCAGUAUUUACAUUCUACCAGUUUGGGAGAUUAUAAAUCAGAUGGCUCUGACACGAACCCUACCUUUUCUUACUGCAGUGAGAUAACAAGGCCAUCUGACGAAGGAGCCCCUGUUCUCCCUGGGGCAUAUCAGCAAAGCCAGUCCCAAGGGUAUGGAUACAUGCACCAGACCAGUAUGUCAUCCAUGAGGUCCAUGCAUUCACAGCCUCAUUCAGCAGGUCUGAGAACAUACAGAGCUAUGUAUGACUACAGUGCUCAAGAUGAAGAUGAAGUUUCCUUCAGGGAUGGUGAUUAUAUCAUCAAUGUGCAACCAAUUGAUGAUGGCUGGAUGUAUGGUACUGUUCAGAGAACUGGGAAAACAGGAAUGCUUCCAGCAAAUUAUAUUGAGUUUGUUAACUAAUUUUUGUCUCUAGUCCUUUGAGCUUUAUUAUGAUUUACUCAAAAUCUAACCUUUUAGAAUGGUCAGCAGAAUCUUUUAAGAGUACAUGUUCAUUACUUUAUCACUGCUAUAACAGUCUGCAUUCUCACUCAGAAUCCGAUUUGGAGUACUUUAAAGUAAAGAUAAAAAAAUCAACAAGAAGCUCAGAGCUUUGAAAACAGCAUUGAUUAUAAUAGUGCUCCCUCAAAAUGAAAAACAUAUAGGGAAGCCUGGUGCUGCCAAUCCUAUAAAGAUUUCAGUCAAUUAGCUGUAAAGGGGAAAUACCUUUUCCCUACACCUCAAAGACGUGAUUUCUCUUUAUAAUAACAACUAUAAAAUCGAUUCACUUCUUAUGGCACUCUAAAGUCACAGGAGGUUAACACAUUGAGUUUGAAUACAUCUUCAAAUUAUUAGGGAGGUGUUUAAUGUUUGAGCAGUUAGCGUCCUAAUAAAAAUAAAAAUGUUGAGUAGAUAAUUCAAUCAUUUGAAAUAAUGACAAGUAAUAUGCUAGUAAAAAAAAACACCCAAAAAACCCUACUGCCCAGCAGCCUUACAGUAAACAGGUCUAUUUUAACAGCAAAAAUUUCCUGACUCUUGCAUACCCACAUUUGUUCCUGGAUUACCCAUUUUCUCUGAUUUCCAACAGUGACUUCUUCUAUCAGCUUUGCUUGCAUCCCCGUCUAUCAGGUAGAUCUAUGCCUGGAUUCAUGGUUCUUCAGUAUCUUUUCCACAGAAAAUUCCUUGCAAAGACUAUCUAGAGUAUAAAACCUGUGAGCUCUUCUGUUUCCUUCUAAUAAUACUUAGCAUUUAAAUAGAAACUUCCAUUAGGGCAAUGUACAACCAAUACUUCAUGUUAGUUCCUUUACCUUCACCUAUACUGCUGUAAAUAAAUAUCCUGUGUGAGGCCCCAGUGCUGUGCAGUCACACAAAGCCUGCAGUCACAUCCCUCCUUCUUACCACAGGUAACUCGCUUAAUGGCUGCUUUGCUGAUGAGCUAAUGUACC